AUGUUGGCUUGGGUCUAUCCUAUCCGCCUGAUUCAGGCUGUCUUUGCCCUGGCUACUAUUGGCUUGACUGCAUACGUCAUUGCAUCCCUGUACGAUGAAUGGUCCUUCUCCAAUGUCAUCUAUUACAUGCUCUUCAAUGGCUGUUGGACUCUCGUUGUCGCCGUGCCCUACUUGGGCCUCGCCCCUAUCUGGCUCCCGCGCUUCUCGCAUGAAGUCGUGAUCCCCGCUAUGGAGUUCAUUACUAUGGCCCUCUGGCUCAGUGGCUGGAUUGCUUUGGCAGUUAUGAUCCCCAAGCCCAACUCUUGCAGCUAUGCCAGCUGUCACGGUCUCCAGGCGACCAUUGUCGUUGCCGCAGUUGAGUGGGCACUCUUCGCUUUCACCAAUGUCUACGCUUUCAUGGACGUCGCCAACUCUCGCCGCAACCGCCACAACCAUGAGCAGCAACAACCGGCCGUCUCCGAAGUGACUGCCCCCGAGAGCGUCUAG